UAUAGUCAAAAGCUAAAUAAAAGGAAGAGAGAUAUCUCUAAGCCCUUGGAAAAUUUUCCAAGAAUGGCGUUGAAAGUUCUUUCAGCCCUUGACACCGCAACAACUCAGUUAUACCACUUCAAGGCCAUCGUCAUAGCCGGCAUGGGCCUCUUCACCGAUGCCUACGACCUCUUUUGUAUCUCUCCGAUCAUGACACUCAUCGGACGUGUGUACUAUGAAAAGGUUGAUAAGGAUGACUCGAAGUACAAGGUUCCACUUGCCGUCACUUCAACUAUGCUGGCAAUGGCUCUUUUGGGCACCACCAUCGGUCAACUUGUGUCCGGUUGGCUUGGCGACCGACUCGGAAGGCGUCACGUGUACGGGACUGCAUUGAUGAUCAUGGUGCUCAGCUCCAUAGGAUGUGGGUUUUCGAUAUGUAGGACGAGAAACUGUGUUCUGGUGAGUCUUGGGCUGUUCAGGUUCUUAUUAGGCCUGGGAAUUGGUGGAGACUAUCCCUUGUCGGCUACUAUCAUGUCGGAGUUCGCUAACAAGAGGACACGUGGAGCACUCCUAGCCGCGGUUUUCAGCAUGCAGGGCUUUGGGAUUUUGGCUGCUUCCAUGGUCACAAUGGUGGUGUCCAAGAUAUUUGAGGUGUCCAAGAUAUUUGAGGCUACAUCGGACCUAUCGACAAAGGAUCCGACGCAGGUGUCGACAAAGGAUCCGACGCAGGUUGAUAUUGCAUGGAGAUUGAUAUUGAUGCUGGGGGCAAUUCCAGCUGCGUUAACUUUUUAUUGGCGUAUGAUGAUGCCCGAAACUGCAAGAUAUACAGCUUUGGUGGAGCAAAAUGUGGUCCAAGCGGCUAAGGACAUGGAGAAAGUGUUGGAAAUUUCAAUGAGUCAGAUUGCGGAAGAUUAUCCACUGCCACCAAGAGAACCACCCUAUCCCCUCUUCUCCAGGCAGUUCUUUCGUCACCAUGGUCGUGAUUUGUUUGCUUGUUCCUGCUCAUGGUUUCUUGUCGACAUUGUCUUUUACAGCAUCAAUCUCUUCCAACCUCAGAUAUACGGAAAUCCACUGGAUACACACAAAAAUGCCUAUCGAAAUGCUUUUGAACUAGCAAAAAUCCAAGCAAUUAUCACAGCCUGUUCCACAAUUCCAGGCUACUGGUUCACCGUCUAUUUCAUUGAUCGUGUUGGUAGAGUCAGAAUCCAAACAAUAGGUUUUAUAUUGAUGGCAGCGGUUUCUUUGGCAAUUGGGAUACCCUAUAUGCUGCAUUGGCAAGAUCAUCACACAGGUGUAGGUUUCAAGGUCCUCUAUGGCCUUAUCUUUUUCUUCUCAAAUUUCGGACCAAACACCACCACCUUUAUAGUGCCCGCUGAGCUUUUUCCAGCAAGAUUUAGAUCAACAUGUCAUGGCAUUUCUGGGGCUGCUGGGAAGGUGGGGGCAAUUAUUGGUUCUGUUGGAUUUUCCUUGGCUUUACAUACUAAUAAAAAGAAGAAUAGUGAUCCCAACCCAAUUGGAAUGACUGUCACAUGGGUAAUACUUUCCGGAGUUUGUGUUAUGGGAGCGGUGGUGACAUUUCUUUUCACGCCUGAAACUAUGGGGAGAUCAUUAGAGGAGAAUGAGAAUGAGAAUGAUAAUGAACCCAGAGAGCUGCGUUUGCGCAGCAGACUUACAGGUUCUACUAGCGUGCGGUCACUACUCGAUCCGUCUCCCAGCCAUGAAGCUAGCGCUGCUGUGGCCUAGAGACCCAUGCAUUUUUCUGUCUCUAAUAUUUACGUAUGUGUGUGUUUCAUGUGAUCACAAGCAUCAUGCUUAAUUAGACUAUUAUUAUAAAUAAAUUGUAUGUCAUAUGUAAUAUUAUUUCAGAAAAAUAUAAUCUUUUCAACACA